AUGACCAUUUUACCAAAGAAUGUUUCAUUUAUAUAUUUUUUUUUACAAUCUUAAUCUACUUUUGAGUAGAAUUUUAAAACAUACUUCCUACCAAAUACUUUUAGUAAGAUUUGUCAUUCUUUUAUAUUAUAAUUUAUAAAGAUCAACGAUAACCUUAAGAAUCUCUAUAGUAUGAGUACUUGAGUUGAAAAAUGGAUUAUAAUUGAAUCUAGAUUAUGAUAACAACACAUUAUAUAAAUUAUGUUUCAAAAAAAAAAUCAUAUAACAUAACUCCUUCCUUAUCUUAUAUUUUUAUGAAUCCAAAUCUUAUUUUUCUCCUGUUCCGUACAUAAACUUUGUUAAUUAGAUAAUACAUACGGAAGUUUUUACACUUUAUAAUCAAGUCAACUCUAAUCAAUUUGAUUCAGGCCAUACUCUUUUCAGCAGAAUAAUUUGUAAUUAGACGAAAAGUGGAGACAUAAGUUAAUUUUUGAGAAAAUUGACCUAAUUACGAUUUACGAUUUAAAAUAAAAACUACUUAUUCCUUAAGCAGUUUCAGUAAUUUUAAGAUAUUCCUAUUUUAUAGUUUUUAAAAACUCUUUAGAAAGGAUGGAUACUUUUGGAAUUACUUAUUCGAAAAACAAAAAAUUUGAUACAUUUUUAGUGGCUGAUUAUCAUUAAGAUUUGGAAAAGAAUAUAAUGA